UCUUUCCUGACCAGGUGACGCCUAGCUAAGGACCUCCUGCAGAGGGAAUCGAAGGACUACAUCUCCCGGCAGGCUUUGCGCUGCGACGUGGUAACCAAGAUGGCGGAGACAGCGACGGCUGUGAGUGGUUCGAGCAGCUCCGGAACGCGGUCCUGUGGCCGUGGUACCUCCACACCUGCUGAUAACUACUUGCUUGCUCGUAGGCGAACCCUUCAGGUAGUUGUGAGUUCUUUGCUCACAGAAGCUGGGUUCGAAAGUGCAGAAAAAGCAGCUGUGGAAACACUGACGGAGAUGGUACAAAGUUAUUUAUCGGAGAUUGGGCGCAGUGCAAAAUCAUUCUGUGAACAUACAGCACGGACACAGCCUACUCUACCCGAUGUAGUUGUCACACUUAUAGAAAUGGGUUUUAAUGUGGACACGUUACCAGCAUAUGCCAAGCGCUCUCAGAGGAUGGUGAUAACGGCACCCCCUGUGACAAAUCAUCCUGUUGCCCCAAAAGCUUUAAGUGCAGGGCAAAACAAGCCACAUCCAGCACACAUUCCAAGUCAUCUCCCAGAAUUUCCAGAUCCACACACUUACAUCAAGACUCCGACCUGUAGAGAACCAGUGGGAGAUUACCAGGUCCUAAGAGAGAAAGCAGCAUCUCAGCGUAGAGAUGUGGAAAGAGCACUAACACGAUUUAUGGCGAAGACCGGCGAAACCCAGAGUCUUUUCAAGGAUGACACCAGCAUUUUCCCAUUGAUUGCUGCUCGCCCUCUAUCCAUCCCAUAUUUGAAUGCCCUUCUCCCAUCAGAAUUAGAGCUGCAGCAAGUAGAAGAGACUGAUUCUUCGGAACAAGAUGACCAGACUGAUACAGAAAACCUUUCUAUGCAUCUACAUGCGGAUGAUCCUGGAGAAGAGAAGGAGAAUUCAUCAGUUCUUCAGCAUAGCUCACUAAAAGGUGGUGAAGAAACCCUGAUUGAUAAUCCCUAUUUGCGGCCUGUGAAAAAGCCAAAGCUGAGGCGAAAAAAAUGACAGCAUUAUGGUCAAGGGGAUA